CCGACCCGCCGGCGCUGCAGCAGCAGGGCGAGGAGGAGGGACCGCUACGCUGGAUCCCAGGGCGGCUUCCCCGGCUGGGAAAAUGGGAAUGCUGAGACGGUGGGGCCCGAGCAGAGGAGGGAGGGAGAGGAAACCUGCUGCUGCGGAGCUGUGAGCAUCCCGGGAAGCUGCGUGCGUGCCUGGAGAAGCGGGGGGAGAAGCAGCCUCGUCUCCCCCGCCCUGCCGCGGACUCCCCUUGGGUUUUCUGCCCCCUUGGCGGGGACUUGCCCCAGAGACUGCCGUGAUUGAAGGGAUCUCCCAGGAGGCGCUUCCUCAGCCGGGUACAGGCUGUGUGGUUUCUCUUUUGUGCUCGCCUGUUCCUGUUUUUUUUUUUUUUUUUUUUUUUUUUUUUUAACACAUUACCAUUUUUUUAACCUUACUUUGCUCUGGAAUAAGGGAAACUUUUUAUCUCCGGAAACAUGUCGACGGGAGAAAGUUUUGAGUCUCGCUUUGACAAAAUCGACGUGACUUUGAAGGACCCCAAAUCCGAAGUGAACGUGGACUGUUUGCUGGAUGGAUUAGAUGCUUUGGUAUAUGACUUGGAUUUUCCUGCCUUAAGAAAAAACAAAAACAUUGAUAACUUCUUAAACAGGUAUAAAGACACGGUAAAUAAAAUGAGAGAUCUGCGCAUGAAAGCUGAGGACUAUGAAGUGGUGAAGGUGAUCGGUAGAGGGGCAUUUGGGGAGGUUCAGUUGGUAAGGCAUAAAUCGUCAAGGAGAGUGUAUGCUAUGAAGCUUCUGAGCAAAUUUGAGAUGAUAAAAAGGUCAGAUUCUGCAUUCUUCUGGGAAGAAAGGGAUAUUAUGGCUUUUGCUAAUAGUCCCUGGGUUGUUCAGUUAUUUUAUGCAUUCCAAGAUGACCGUUACCUUUACAUGGUGAUGGAAUACAUGCCUGGUGGGGACCUUGUGAAUUUAAUGAGUAACUACGAUGUUCCAGAGAAAUGGGCCAGAUUUUACACUGCUGAAGUUGUACUUGCAUUAGAUGCAAUUCACUCAAUGGGUUUUAUACACAGAGAUGUGAAGCCUGAUAAUAUGCUGCUAGAUAAAGCUGGUCAUUUAAAAUUAGCUGAUUUUGGUACUUGUAUGAAGAUGAACAAGGAAGGUAUGGUACGAUGUGAUACGGCUGUGGGAACACCAGACUAUAUCUCUCCUGAAGUACUGAAGUCCCAGGGAGGUGAUGGUUACUACGGGCGAGAAUGUGACUGGUGGUCAGUUGGAGUCUUCUUGUAUGAGAUGCUUGUAGGGGAUACACCUUUUUAUGCAGAUUCUUUGGUUGGAACAUAUAGUAAGAUUAUGAACCAUAAGAACUCCCUUACUUUCCCUGAUGACAAUGACAUUUCUAAAGAGGCAAAAAACCUUAUUUGUGCCUUUUUAACUGAUAGGGAAGUGAGACUGGGACGAAAUGGUGUAGAAGAGAUUAAACGGCACCUUUUCUUCAAAAAUGAUCAAUGGGCUUGGGAAACGCUCAGAGACACUGUAGCACCAGUUGUGCCUGACUUGAGUAGUGACAUUGACACUAGUAAUUUUGAUGAUCUGGAAGAAGAUAAAGGAGAGGAAGAAACAUUUCCCAUACCAAAAGCAUUUGUGGGCAACCAGCUUCCUUUCGUAGGAUUUACGUAUUACAGCAACCGUCGAUAUUUAGCUGCCUCUGCAGAAAAUUCCAAUGAUAACAGAACAGGCCCCACUGUGGACAAAAGUGUGCUGGAAAAUAUGCAGAAGAUGAUCUAUGAGUUGGAAGAACAGCUACAUAAUGAAAUGCAGUUGAAAGAUGAAAUGGAGCAAAAGUGCAGAUCUUCAAACAUAAAACUUGACAAGAUAAUGAAAGAACUGGAUGAAGAGGGAAAUCAGAGGAAGAACUUGGAAACAACAGUGUCUCAGAUUGAGAAGGAAAAGAUGGUAUUGCAACAUAAGAUAAAUGAGUAUCAAAGAAAAUUUGAACAAGAGAAUGAAAGAAGACGAAAUGUGGAAAAUGAAGUGUCCACACUAAAAGAUCAGAUGGAAGACUUGAAAAAAAUCAGCCAGCAUUCACAAAUUUCAAAUGAGAAGAUAACACAAUUACAAAAACAACUAGAAGAAGCAAAUGAUUUGCUGAGGACAGAAUCUGAUACAGCAGCAAGACUGAGGAAGGGUAACACAGAAAUGAGCAAGUCAUUAAGUCAGUUAGAAUCACUGAAUAGAGAACUGCAGGAAAGGUGCAGAGUUCUGGAAAGCACAAAACUGCAGGUGGAGAAAGAUUAUUACCAACUACAAGCAGCUUUGGAGUCGGAACGAAGGGACAAAAGUCAUGGAUCUGAAAUGAUUGGAGAGCUACAGGUUCGGAUUACAGCUUUACAAGAAGAAGUAAAAAACAUUAAAAACAAUCUCGAAAGAGUGGAAGCAGAAAGAAAACAAGUACAGGAUAUGCUUAAUCAUUCAGAAAAGGAAAAGAAUAAUUUAGAGAUAGAUUUGAACUACAAGCUCAAAUCAUUACAAGACAGAUUAGAACAGGAGGUCAAUGAGCACAAAGUGACUAAAGCUCGGUUAACUGACAAACAUCAGUCAAUAGAGGAGGCAAGAUCAGUGGCAAUGUGUGAAAUGGAAAAAAAGGUAAAGGAAGAACGGGCAGCAAGAGAAAAGGCAGAAAAUCGAAUAGUUCAAGCUGAAAAACAGUGUUCCAUGUUGGACUUUGAUCUGAAACAAUCUCAGCAGAAACUGGAACACCUUCUUGAGCAAAAGGAGAGACUGGAAGAUGAAGUAAAGAAUCUGACAUUUAAGCUAGAACAGGAGACAAAUAAGCGAAUAAUGGCACAGAAUGAAUUAAAGGCACAAGCUUUUGAAGCUGAUAACUUAAAGAGUUCCGAGAAGCAGCUGAAACAGGAAAUCAAUACCUUGUUGGAAGCAAAGAGGUUACUGGAAUUCGAAUCGGCUCAACUUACUAAGCAGUACAGAGGAAAUGAAUGUCAAAUGCGUGAGCUUCAGGAUCAGCUUGAAGCUGAGCAGUAUUUUUCGACACUUUACAAAACUCAGGUUAAGGAACUGAAAGAGGAAAUUGAUGAAAAGAAUAAAGAAACGCAAAGAAAAAUGCAGGAGUUGCAAAAUGAAAAAGAAACGCUCACUACCCAGUUGGAUUUAGCUGAAACCAAAGCUGAGUCAGAACGGUUGGCACGAGCACUCCUUGAAGAACAGUACUUUGAAUUGAGUCAGGAAAGCAAAAAAGCAGCAUCAAGACACAGGCAAGAAUUGACUGAUAUGGACAGCAUCAUAAGAAGGCUGGAAGAAACCAAUAAUACAUUAACCAAAGAUGUUGAUUUGAUAACAAAGGAAAACACAGAGAUCAAUGAAAAAUUUAAGAAACAGGAGGAAGAUUACAAAAUGAAGAAAGAGGAGGAAAUCAAUAAUAUUAGAAUGCAGUAUGAGAAGAGCAUAAGCAAUGAAAGAACUUUGAAGACACAGGCUGUCAACAAACUGGCUGAGAUAAUGAAUCGGAAAGAUUUUAAAAUAGACAGGAAAAAAGCUAACAUGCAAGAUUUGAGGAAGAAAGAGAAGGAAAACCGAAAGCUGCAGUUAGAACUUAAUCAAGAAAAAGAGAAAUUCAAUCAGAUGGUAGUGAAAUACCAAAAGGAGCUCAAUGAAAUGCAAGCGCAACUAGCAGAAGAAUCUACGUACAGGAAUGAGCUCCAGAUGCAGCUGGAUAGUAAAGAGAGUGACAUAGAACAACUACGAAGGAAAAUUGUGGAUCUCCAGCAAGGAAUGGAUUCUACCAGUGUUGCUAGUCUCCCGACAGAUGAAACGGAUGGAAAUAUUUCAGUUGUGCUGCUGGUGUUACUGUGUGAUACAGGUAGGAAGUCUAAUACAUAUUAUUAGGACUCCUCUACAUCGUGUUCCUACAUGCUGCUUGUUUUUUUGGUUUGGCUUGGUUUUGGUGUUUUUUGAGUUUUUUUGAGUGAGUUGAUCAGGAUCUGAAUAAGAAGCAGUUUAGUAAUUAAAGGAGAUGAAGUGACAUUAGGACAGUCAAAUUUCACACGCUUGUCAAAGAGCCAAGCAGAGCACAGAAAAGGAGUGCAGUAGUGUUAUAAGGACAAAAACCAGCCAGACUUCGAAGUAGAAAUAGCCCGUGCCACAGAAAGAGGACAUUAUCCAGUGCACAGUUAUUUUCCUGCAAAUCAAGUAAUUAGUCUUCAAAACAGAAGGUGACAUAUCACAGUGGUUCAUUUGCUACAAUUUAGUUGUAUGACAUUGAUUGUCUUCAACUAUGUGCUAAGUUCCCAUCACUUCCAUAGCCCAAAUAUAGGCAUUCCUUCAGAGCACCUUGAACAGCAUCUUGUUAAAGAGCUGGAUGUGAUGAGCAGUCAAUAGGAUUCUCUGUCUGUUGCACCAGUUCUUAAAGCAAAGACAUUCCUAAAAAAAAUAUAAAGCAAAUAAAUUGUCAAAUUUCAAAAUAAGUAAUUAUAGUAUGAUUUAUUCAGUUUCCUGUCACAGCAAAAACAUCACGAGGGGAAAAAAAUGAAGACACAAAAUAAUGUGAACAUGUAUAAAAGAAUGAUUCCAUAGUCUCAAUUCUGGCAGUGGGCAGGCAGUCUCUGGUUUAAUAGAAGAAAAAAAUUGGUAUGAAAUGGUGUAAUAGUAAAGUUGUUGGAAUUCCAGAGAGACCCUGGCUCUUUGGCAUUUUCUGCUGUCCUGCAUGGCAGAGAGGUUCGUGUCUUGUCUAAUUGGGGAGUUUAGGUUACCAGCCACCAGAGAGGCUACAAAAGUAGAAUUCACAAUUUAUAGGAAGAGCCUCUUGUAAACUUUUGGGGUCAGAAAGAUUUGAAUAAACUCAAGGUAAUACUAAAAUGAAUUUUUAAUACUCAGAAAAUUUUAAGGAAAAAAUUCUCUAUUUAGAGGUAGAUACAGAGAAAUCACAUGGUAACACACCUUUUACAGCUGCAUUUCACUUGGAGGUGGUUUCUGUCUGUCAUUGAGCUAAAUAUCCCUUGAGUUCUGGUAGCUCCCAGGGCAGUUUAUGCUCUCCCAAGGUAGGGAUUGGCCCCUUUAGACCAUCCAGGCUGUUCUCAGGCUUUUGCUUACUUAGGUGGAAAAAUCACAACAUGGAGGAAGGCUUUCCUUGUAUUCAGUCCUAGGCAUGUUUAGUAACUCUCACUCCUGAUUAUUGAUUCAGAUAGCAGCUCAUAUCUCAGCUGAUAUCUCCAGUGUUAACAGUCCUUGCUGAAACAGCUGAGAUAUUUGCUUUUUGCAAAUGGUGCCUUUGGAAUGCCUCUUCCUCCUGGCUGGACUUAGGAAGUCUUAAUACUUGCAUGAUUGUAAACAGAAUUCUUCUUUGUCAAGACAGAACAUAAUCAGAAACUUAAGGUUUUUUUUCUCCUAGCUGUUAUAGGGCACUUAACCUGUUGUGAAUUGCUUCUUUUCAUCUGAUUGGCAAGAUAAUUUGAGCAAUUGAGCUGACCUACAGGUUUAACUGCAGCACAUAAUAUUUUACAGCAUGUGUUAUAAAUCAUGUUUUGUGCAAAGAUAGGAGGGAAUAAUAAACACGGAGCAUUAAAGCCAACAGUUUUAUUGCAAUAUGGGCUCAGCUAGGACUUUCUGAAGUACCUGCAAGUAGCCGUCACCUGAAUAAACUUCAAGGCAAGAUCCAGUUGGCAGUCCUUGGUGAGAUACACAUGAAAUUAUAGUAAGACAAUCUGAGGAAGGAAAUAAUCAAGUGGGAAGAGUGGACUGGAAAGAAUUAGCAAGGUAGUAUCUCCAUGUUUUUGUUAACUGUGGAAGAGUCUUGAGGAGUAGGAAUUCUAAAGCAUUGGAAAGAGGUGCUCUGCCGCUUGUGAAAGCGCCUGUGCUACUUAGCUCCAGAACAACAAAACAUCUCGUAAAUCAGUACAGCCAUGGUUGUCUUGUCUGUAAGACUUGGUUUAUUGAAGUCUUACAGUUAGAACUCACUGUUAUCAUACUGAAUCCCUAUGAAUCCUGGCAGUAUGAAUACUAACCAUGAAGAUGUUUAGAAUAAAAAUCUCAAUUUAAAAUAUAUUCAGAGAUAACUAUAAGAUCUGUAGCCUUUAUGAAAUUCUUUCUUCAUAUCCUAUUCAGAUCCAGCUAGCCGUAAGAUAUUUUUGAGGCCUAAGCCAUCAGAUAUUUUUGAGGCCUAUCUUAGAUUUUCUGGACUGCAAAUAAAGUAUCAAUUCUGUGAUUCUUUCCAAAAUACAGGGACGUUUUCAGGCAAUAGUUUUGAGGCUAUUUUUAAAGACAGGGAUGGAAGAAUCUUUUUCAUAGUCUAGAUAGCCCAUAUUUUCUUAAUUACUUAAUCAGAACACUCAUAAAUAUUAUUCUUCUGGAUCAAAUAUUUGUGAAAUGGCCAGAUGAGCAUUUGCAGUUGUGCUAGCUAACUUGUCGAGGGAAAUUAAAAUGCACUAUAAAUAUUACUUGGAAGAAACCUUUGUGGCAAGGUUGGAAUGAAAGAGCUCAUCUACCACCCUUUUAAGAGUACAUUUGGUUCCAGACGAAUGUUAGCUUUGUUGAAAAGGAGUGUGUUCAGAAACUUAUUUCCAACUGCAAGAUGUUAUUCACAGCUCAGAAAUCAUCUCUCAUUCAGACAGAAUUUGCUCACUAAAAUAGAUUUGUAGUAGACAGAAAAGAAUGUCAGCUGAUUCAUUUGAAAUACCUCAUUCACUUCCUACUUCUUUUGAAAUUGUUUUCAGAAUGUGCCGAAAUAGAAGUGAACUUAGAACAACUCCUGCUCAUACUGUCCCUAUAAGCAUCUUUUAAAAUGUAUUAUUAUUGGAUCUUUCCAGAUUUUCGUAUGCUGCAAUUUAUACAGAUGCAUACAUAUUCUCUUUGAACAACAGUCAUCCUUCCUGUAUUCCUUCUGAACUGCAGUCAUCCACAAUAUGUUCUUUAUUAGCAAUUAAUCCCUUUAUUUUGCAAGGGAGGAGUUGAGUUUUAGGGUCUUUCUGUAAUUUCUAAAAAUGGAAGGCUCUUCUCCUGGUGUCAGAAUCAAGGUGUUCCAAACAAGGUAAGCAUUGUCAGUGAUGCCUGUAGGCAUGAAGGAAAUAGGUUUCCUUUUCCACAGCUACUGUAUCAAGAAGAGGGGAGGGGUUGAGGGCAAAACCCCAAACCCCAUUUUUCUUAUGGAGAUAGGAGAGGCAGGGAAGUGCAAAUUUCCUUCAUUUUUCUGAGAUAUUCUCUUACUGAAAUGAAUUCUACUAUCAUGGCUUUCUUCUGAUUGAUUUCAGUAGUUCAGUAGUCCCACAGUAUUUUGAGGCUAUUCUGUGUGGAGGAAUGUUAGGAAAUGAUUCUAUAUUUCUAAGUGUAGUCAUCUUCUAAAUAUUGUAAUGCUGUAAGGCUAAUAUGGGAAAGUCUUUUUCAUGCCUGACUUUAAUACCUUGCUAGGCUGUCAGUCUCACUGUAAUUUUACAGAGCAAAGCAUAUGGACAAUAAUUUAGAUAUUUGGGUGUAUUUUCGGAGCUUGCUGCAAUAUACCUCACAAAGAGUUAUUCCUGAAGGAUAAAAGGGACCAGUAGCUCCUUCUUAUAUAAGUAUUUGUGGAGAAUAGUUCAGAAAACUUUAACUUAAUGUUUUAGAAGUUUUCAGUGCUGCCAGUUAAGUUUAUUAUGAAGAAUACAUACAUUAGCUAUUGGCUCUGUUUCUGACAUUUUUUUUUCAAAUCACAUUUUUACAAUAAUUUUAAAAAAAUUCUCAAUUGUGAAAUAGAUUUAUUGAUUACUUCAUUCUAACAUUUCCAAAAUUGUGGGACUUUACUGUGUCAUUUCAGGUUAAUGGAAUAGCUCUCUCACUAUCAUUGUCUGGUUUCAUAAUUUUAAAUUUUAGAAACUACUGUUAGUUAGCUGGAAGGAUUUUUUAAAUCUACCAUUCACAUUAGGCAGAAUGCCAAUUUUCUUGUGGCCCUUCUUUGUAUCAUUGCUAAAUUAUUUCAGUAGUUUUGUAGUGGGAACACACAUUAUUACAUUGCUCUUUGGAGAAUUUUUCACUGAAAAUUUGAAUAAAAUGCUUGUCUCUUAUUCUUUGU